AUGGCCACCACGGCGCCCUGCACCCGCUUCACGGACGAGUACCAGCUCUACGAGGACAUCGGCAAGGGGGCUUUCUCUGUCGUCCGACGCUGCGUCAAGCUCUGCACCGGCCACGAGUACGCCGCCAAGAUCAUCAACACCAAGAAGCUGUCCGCCAGAGAUCACCAGAAGCUGGAGAGGGAGGCUCGGAUCUGCCGCCUGCUGAAGCACUCCAACAUCGUGCGCCUGCAUGACAGCAUCUCAGAGGAGGGCUUCCACUACCUGGUCUUCGAUCUGGUCACUGGCGGGGAGCUGUUUGAGGACAUCGUGGCGAGAGAGUACUACAGCGAGGCGGACGCCAGCCACUGCAUCCAGCAGAUCCUGGAGGCCGUCCUGCACUGCCACCAGAUGGGGGUCGUGCACAGGGACCUCAAGCCCGAGAACCUGCUCCUGGCCAGCAAGUGCAAGGGCGCGGCCGUGAAGCUGGCGGACUUCGGCCUGGCCAUCGAGGUGCAGGGCGACCAGCAGGCGUGGUUUGGGUUCGCGGGCACCCCCGGCUACCUGUCCCCCGAAGUCCUGCGCAAGGAGGCCUACGGCAAGCCGGUGGACAUCUGGGCGUGCGGGGUGAUCCUGUACAUCCUGCUGGUGGGCUACCCGCCCUUCUGGGAUGAGGACCAGCACAAGCUGUACCAGCAGAUCAAGGCCGGCGCCUACGACUUCCCCUCCCCCGAGUGGGACACGGUCACACCCGAAGCCAAGAACCUCAUCAACCAGAUGCUGACCAUCAACCCCGCCAAGCGCAUCACCGCCCACGAGGCACUCAAGCACCCGUGGGUCUGCCAACGCUCCACGGUGGCCUCCAUGAUGCACCGCCAGGAGACGGUGGAAUGCCUCAAGAAGUUCAACGCACGGAGGAAGCUCAAGGGCGCCAUCCUCACCACCAUGCUGGCCACCCGGAACUUCUCAGCAGCCAAGAGCAUGCUCAACAAGAAGACGGACGUGGUGAAGCCCCCGACCAACAGCACCAAGAACAGCGGCGCGGCCACCAGCCCGAAGGGGACGCUUCCCCCAGCCACCCUGGAGCCUCAAACCACCGUCAUCCAUAACCCCGUGGACGGGAUCAAGGACUCGUCCGACAGUGCCCACACCACCAUCGAGGAUGAGGACACGAAAGCGCGGAAGCAGGAGAUCAUCAAGGUCACGGAGCAGCUCAUCGAGGCUGUAAACAGCGGGGACUUCGAGGCCUACGCGAAAAUCUGCGACCCAGGCCUGACCUCGUUUGAGCCUGAAGCAUUGGGCAACCUGGUCGAAGGGAUGGACUUCCACAGGUUCUACUUCGAGAACUUGCUCGCCAAAAACAGCAAGCCGAUCCACACGACCAUCCUGAACCCGCACGUGCACGUCAUCGGGGAGGACGCGGCCUGCAUCGCCUACAUCCGCCUCACGCAGUACAUCGACGGCCAGGGCCGGCCCCGCACCAGCCAGUCCGAGGAGACCCGCGUGUGGCACCGCCGCGAGGGCAAGUGGCAGAACGUGCACUUCCACUGCUCAGGGGCGCCCGUGGCACCGCCGCAGUGA